AUAUGAGAUAUUCGUGUGGGUUGGCGAUGUGUAGCCUCGGGCUUCCGUCAGCAAAGAAAUUCGACGGAAAAUUAAGGGGAAACGAACGGGUCAGAAUUCAGAUUUCUCAUAUUAAUUGCUUGCUUCCUCCAUAUAAACUUACUCCCUUUCAUCUGUACUUACUUCAAUAUUUCCUCAUUUCUCAAUCCACAAUCGAAGCCUGACGGUUUGAUGUACAUCUGCCAAAAUGGAUAUUGACAAUGUAUCGGAAGUUCCCAAGUACAUACAAAUACUGGAUAGACAACAGAAGGCUCUUAAAGCCGCAAUGGCACGUCAAGGGCAGCGUCCCAGAGACUUAAAACAUCGACAAGAACUAGUCACUCAGUUUAUGGUGUCGAUUCUAUCGCACAAAAUGAUGCGGCUUGGACCGCAAACGACUAGUCAAAUUCAUACUUCCUUCGUUCCCAUUCCAUAUAACCCAUGUACUACACCUCUUGACGAGUUGAAGCCAACAUGCAUCAGGGACUUGGGAUUAGAAACUCAUCACCGCGGCAACCAUCUUCUUGUCCGUGCAUUAACUCCUCCAACUAGAAUGACUGCGAUUAUGGCCAUUGUUGAGGACGAAAACGGAGAUGCCAUACAGCUACAGCUCUAUCAACAACCAGAUGAGAAAAUUCGUCCUGCCACAAGUGUCAUUAUGAAGAACGAUGCUUUUUUGAUAAAGGAACCUUACUUUAAGACUACAAGUGAUGGUGGUUAUGGUCUUCGGGUCGACCAUGUGAGUGAUAUUAUCCGCCUUGAUGGACACCACGAUUUGUUGCCGGAAAAGUGGAAGCCAACAGUUUUGGACAUUGGUAAGACUCCAGAUGACUGGAAGCUAGAGGGAAAUGUGGCUAUGGAAAGAAAUCACUAUUGGGAGGCUAUUCAGAGGUACUAUACCAUUUCUUCCAUAGCAUGAGAGUCCUUUCGCUAACCCCUACUACUAUAGCUAUACGGCCGCUCUUAAAUGCCACCCUCCUGUUGAAACUGCAAAGAUAAUCCGUCUGAAUCGUGCACUGGCAUAUCUCAAAGACGGAAGCCUUGAUGCGGCACUAGCUGACACGGAAUGCAUGAUCUCUCCCAGCGAUGCAUCAGAAAAAGCACUAUAUCGAGGCGGUCAAGCUCUAUAUAGACUUGGAAGAUUUUCCGAAUGCCACGAUAUUUCCGAACAUUUCUGCAAGAAGUCUCCCACUAGCUCUCUCGCUACCGCGGAACUUAAGCGGGUACGCCGUCGCUUAGCAGAGCAGCAAAGUGGCAUAUACGACUUUGAGGAAAUCUACAAGGAGAUUUCAAUGACUAAACCACCGCAUCUAGAUCAUGCAACAUUUAUAGGAUCGAUAGUCGUGAAACCUUCUCCUGGUCGUGGCCAAGGAUUGUUUACCACUAAAGCUGUUAAAGCGGGAGAACUUCUUUUGUGUGAGAAGGCAUUCGCACAUUGCUAUAGUGGAAAUUCAGAGGACUCGGAGAAGUUUUCGAGAAUUACUCUUCUGAUGAAUGUGCAUACGAACGAAAUGACACUUGGUACUCAAGCCGAUCUUAUUACAGCUAUUGUGCAGAAACUCUGGAAAAAUCCAUCCCUUAUACCAGGGUUCAACGCGCUUUAUCGUGGAUCUUAUAAACUUGCAGAAAGAACUGAAGUUGACGGGAAACCGGCCAUUGACACGUAAGUUACCCACUUGAAAUAAUUUAACAAGCACUAACAUCAUGUUCACUAAUAGCUUUCUGGUUGGACAAAUCAUGACUCUCAAUGUCUUCGGAUGCCCACUCUCUUCCUACGAAGACUAUUCAUCAGCCUCCAAAGAAAAUGAUAAAUACCAUUCAUGCGGCAUCUGGCUCGUAGCUUCAAAAAUCAAUCACUCAUGUCUUAGCAACGCUCGCCGUAGCUUCAUGGGCGAUCUACAACUCGUCCGCGCUACACGUGAUAUACCCGCGAACACGGAAAUAACCUUCUGGUACCAGAUACCUACAGGGGAAAGCGAAGAAAUGAAGAAGCAACUGAGAACCUGGGGAUUUGAAUGCAAAUGUAUCAUCUGCGUGGAUUCAGAAACAACACCUAAAAAUCAUGCCAGGAUGAGAAAAAAGUUACUGCGAGAUUUGAAGGCGCUUCUGAGUGCAAGCGAGGUUGAUACAGCUAAAGCAGAACGUUUGUUAAGUGCCCUUGAGAAAACAUACACGCAUCCCGCAACCGAUGUCCCACGAUUAAUAUUACGAGAACCGUAUUUCACACUAAGUGGUAUUUAUUCCAAGCUCGGAAAGACAGAUAAAGCCGUGUCGAUGAUAUUAAAAGGUUUGACAUCCAUUGGCUUCGUGAUCGAGAAUGCAAAUUUGCCUGCACUACCUGACAAAAUGAUUGAGGUGGAGAAAUGGGGCUUGCCUAUGCCGGGAGUAGUCGAAGCGUGGGUUUUUCUCUACAAUACUUAUUCUGUUCUUGCGCCGUGGUAUUUGAAGAAGGUUAGGGAUGCUGCGAUGUUGGCUUAUGCGAUUUGUAUCGGGGAGGAUGGGACGUUUGGGCGGGUUCAUGGGGUUUAGGUUGAGGAUGAGGAUGAGGAGUAAGUAAAGAAUCUACGUGUGGCGGUUUCUAAAAUGGGUCGGGAGGUAUUUGUUAAUGAUGGAUAUGGUAUUGUAAUCUUACCGGAUUUCGUAGAAAGAGUUUCAUAUAUCGGAUAUCCGUACGACUCUCAAUCUCAAAUGAAUGUGUAUGCUUACUUAGCGCGUGGUUAGCAUCAAAACAUAAACCACCUGUAUGUCUGUAUGUCUACGCCCUAGUAAUCUUAUAAUU